AUGAAGUUUGAAGAAAAGUUUGAGAAUGGCGGCCGGGCCAGAAGGAGUGGGCUGUAUCUAGAUGACACGCAUCAGACCAACGGGAAACCCAGAGCAAACGGGAAAUCGGAGGUCUAUAUAACACAGGAGGCAAAUGGCAAAAGCGACGUGCCCAGGAAGAGUCUCAACACGUACACCUGGCAGGAAAUCCAGAGACACACGCAGGAGGCCGACCAGUGGCUGGUGAUCAACCGCAAGGUUUAUGAUGUGACUGGCUGGGCAGACAGGCAUCCAGGGGGGCGCCGGGUUCUCAACCACUAUGCUGGAGAAGAUGCCACGGAUGUCUUCAGGGCCAUGCACCUGGAUCAGAGCAUUGUACAGUUGUAUCUUAAGCCACUGCUCAUUGGAGAGCUUGCCCCAGAAGAGCCCAGUCAAGAAAGAAACAAAAAUCCACAGUUGGUGAAAGAUUUCCAGGAGUUACGUAUGACACUGGAGACCAUGAACAUGUUCAGUGCCAACCUGGGGUUUUUCUUCCUUCACCUCACCCAGAUCUUGAUCUUGGAACUCCUAGCAUGGCUGAUACUGUGUCAUUUUGGCAAUGGCUGGACUGUCACAAUAGUCAUUUCAUUGCUCCUCACAGUUUCUCAGGCUCAGAGUUCAUUUUUGCAGCAUGACACAGGACACCUUUCCAUAUUUAAGAAGUCCAAGUGGAACCACCUGAUGCACAAAUUUGUGAUGUGCCACCUUAAGGGCAUGUCAACAAACUGGUGGAAUCACCGACAUUUCCAACACCAUGUAAAACCCAACAUCUACCCCAAAGACCCAGAUAUUGAUGUGGGCCCACUUUUUCUGGUUGGAGAUACACAACCUGUCAAGUAUGGCAAGAAGAAAAUCAAGUAUAUUGACUAUGAAAAGCAGCACCUGUACUUCUACUGGGUGGCUCUCCCCCUCCUCAUGCCUGUGUAUUUCAAUCUCCAAUCAAUGCAAGUAAUGUACCUUCGAAAGUAUUGGGCGGAUAUUGCCUGGGUCAGCACCUUUUACAUUCGCUAUUUCAUCUCAUUUGGCCCUUUCUAUGGAAUUUUCGGAACAGUGUUGCUCAUAUAUUUGGUCAAGCUUAUUGAAAGCCCCUGGAUUGCAUAUGUUACCCAGAUGAGCCACAUACCAAUGAAAAUGAGCAAAGAGGAGAACCGGGACUGGCUCAGCACUCAGAUUGUGGCCACCUGCAAUAUUGAACAGUCCUUUUUUAAUGAUUGGUUCACUGGGCACCUGAACUUCCAAAUUGAGCACCAUCUGUUUCCCACAAUGCCACGCCACAAUUAUCAUAAGGUGGCACCUCUGGUGAAGUCACUGUGUGCCAAGCAUGGACUGCAAUAUGUGAAUAAACCCAUUUUGACGGCGUUUGGAGAUAUUGUCAGGGCCUUGAAGAAAUCUGCAUCCCUCUGGAUGGACACUUAUUAUGAAUGA